AUGAGUGUGAAUUCUGUUGUCGGUCCUGAAGUCUGCGACGAUCUAGCCCUCCAGCUCGGGGGAAAGGUGGGCUGUCAAGGUAUCGGCGGUGCCUACACAGCGGGCUUGGGAGAGAACUUCCUCCCUCAAAAUACAGCGCCGCAAGAUAUUCAAGCUGCCGUGGACGUGUUCAACGAAUGCAACACUAAAUGUCCCAACGCGAAGAUUGACGCUGGUGGGUAUAGAAGUGAGAGAUAA